AUGCCUUCUUUAGGUACCUUUUCUGAUAUUGCUACUAUCCAGCCUUCCUUGCAAGCUCAUCUUGUUCCAUUGGGUGCUCAGAGUAUUAUUAUUCAUGCGAAAACACUAGCUAAUCCAUGGAGACAGUCAAGUUUCUCCAAGAACUUGAGAUUUUACACGGGCCAUCUUCAUGUCCGAAGAGGCAAAGUCCUUAUCACUGCAGUGGCGGCUACUCUUGAAACCAAAUAUCCAGCUGCUCAGAAAGCAAACGAACAUAGCUAUUCCUCUUCUUCUUCUUCUUCGUCGAAACCUUCUGAGGAUCGAAACGGAGGUUCUGAUGAAGGCGAAGAGGCUGAAGAACAAGUGGAUGACAGAGAAAGGUUGAGAAGGAUGAGGAUUUCCAAGGCGAAUAGAGGGAACACUCCUUGGAACAAAGGCAGGAAACAUAGUCCCGAGACGCUACAGAAGAUUAGAGAAAGGACUAAGAUUGCAAUGCAAGACCCAAAGAUCAAGAUGAAAUUAGCGAAUCUCGGGCACGCGCAAAACAAGGAGACGCGGAUGAAGAUCGGUGAGGGAGUGAGGAUGCGAUGGGCGAGGCGGAAGGAGAGGAGGAAAGUGCAGGAGACAUGUCAUUUCGGGUGGCAAAACUUGUUAGCGGAAGCUGCUAAACAAGGAUACACAGACGAGGAAGAGCUUCAGUGGAACUCUUACAAGAUCUUGGAUCAGCAGAACCAGCUGGAAUGGCUGGAGAGUGUAGAGCAGAGGAAAGCCGCAAGAGGAGCUAAAAGCAACAGAAGAGCGCCAAAAUCUCCUGAACAAAGAAGGAAAAUCGCAGAAGCCAUAGCUGCUAAAUGGGCUGAUCCAUCUUACCGUGAAAGAGUUUGCUCUGGCUUGGCCAAAUACCAUGGGAUACCUGCUGAUGGUGUUGAGAGGCGUCGUAGAAGACCAAGUAGCGAUGGAGAGCCGAGAAAGAAGAGCCCUACAAAGAAAAGUAGCAGAGAUUCUUCAGAGACGGAAAGGCAAAGCCAAGUGAAAGUAGUGAAAGUACGGAAGCGCAAAACACCUGUUUAUAAAGAUCCUUUGGCGAGUUCUAAACUGGAAAUGAUCAAAAGCAUCAGAGCUAAACGAGUUGCGGAAGAGUCUAAGAAGAUGGAUGCUGUGGAACGAGCAAGGCUUUUGAUCUCGGAAGCUGAGAAAGCUGCGAAAGUUCUUGAGAUUGCUGCUAUGAGAAGCCCUGUUGCUCAAGCUUCUUUGUUAGAGAGUAAGAAGCUCAUAGCUGAAGCCACGCAGCUGAUUGAAUCUAUAGAGAUGAGGCAGAUAGCAUCUUCAGAUGAUGAUGAGCCUAAUAAUAGUCUCCUGGAGGAAGACUGUGAAUCCGAGACCGAGGAAUACACAAACUAUCAAGAACAAGAAGGAGAGAUUAACGGAACACACACGUUCCCUAUCAACGGAGAGAGUCUUCUUCACUUGAACAUGAGAUCUAGCGAUUUGCCGACACUCAACAUAGAAGAUAUCAAACUCGGGAUGGGUCCACAACCAAACGGAACAAGAGUCAAUCCAGCAGCAGAGUGUAAUGGAGCUAUGAAACUUGCUGAGAAUCAUCAUCAACCUCUUCCGAAUGGUUCUAAAGUUAACUACGGGAAUGAAGAAAAGGCUGAGUCUUUGGAAUCAGGAAAUGUAACCAAGAAGUGGUCCAUCGCCAUAACAAAACAGACGCAGCAAGUCUCCGACGAUGACGUAGUAGAAGAUCACUUUGGACUGAUCCCUGUUCAUCUGGUCAUUCAUAAUAUAUUCCCAAGAUGGUCGGUGAAGUCCGUGGCGCUAAGUCGUUGCGUAUCGAAGGUUUGGUCGUCGAUAAUUCGCCAUCCAAAUUACGACCUAUUGUUCCCGAUCACCGUCUCCACCACGGCUCCUCAUGUCCUUCGAAGUGAAGUAGAUCUGUUAUCCUACUAUGCCCCUCAGCCUCAAGAUCUUGAUCUGUCUCUCGAAUUCACUACAAAACCAUAA